AUGGUGCGCCUGGCAGCCGAGCUGCUGCUGCUGCUGGGACUCCUCCUGCUUACCUUGCACAUCACGGUGCUGCGGAGCAGCGAGCCCAACGCCGCGGCCGGCAACCACAGCCAGCGCCCGCAGCAGAACAUCCUCCAGACAGAUAGCCAUUCAUCUCCUGAGACCAGCUUAACAUUAAACCCAGAGGACAGACCGGAUCAUCCUGACCAGCAAGCAGCACACAGGUCAUUUGCAAAACAGCAGUUCAGGCAGGAGAAUGGGCAUUCGUCUUUGCAAAGGGACGGACCAAGAUCUUUCCUUCUGGAUCUCCCAAACUUUCCUGACCUUUCAAAAGCAGACAUCAACGGGCAAAAUCCCAACAUCCAGGUGACUAUAGAAGUUGUUGAUGGUGCAGAUUCUGAAUCAGAGAAGGAUCUUCAAAAGGAAAGCAGCAAACCCAGCUGGCCUGUCCCAUCACCAGACUGGAGGAACUGGUGGCAAAGAUCGGCACCCACUGUCACCCGCAUGAGCAGUGGUGACCAGGAUUACAAGUAUGACAGCACAACUGAAGAUAGCAACUUCCUAAACCCGCUCAGCAGUAGUUGGGACAGACAUGUGCCUGGUCACCGGGCAUUUGAAUCAAAGGAACAGCCAGAAUAUGAUUACAUAGACGGUGAGGGAGACUGGAGCCCUUGGUCCAUUUGUAGCAUAACCUGUGGAAGUGGCAAUCAGAAGCGCACCAGAACCUGUGGAUAUGCCUGCACAGCCACCGAGUCGAGGACAUGUGACAGGCCAGACUGUCCGGGGAUUGAAGACACCUUCAGGACAGCAGCCACAGAAGUGAGUUUGCUUGCAGGAAGUGAAGAAUUCAAUGCUACAAAGCUCUUUGAAGUCGACACAGACAGCUGCGAAAGGUGGAUGAGCUGCAAAAGCGAAUUCUUGAAGAAGUACAUGCACAAAGUGGUCAACGACCUUCCCGCUUGCCCUUGCGCCUACCCCACAGAAGUGGCCUACAGCACUGCAGAGAUCUACGACCGGCCGAAGCGGAAGAACUUCCGCUGGAAAGAUGCGAGCGGCCCCAAGGAGAAGCUGGAGAUCUACAAGCCUACUGCCCGCUACUGCAUCCGGUCCAUGCUGUCCUUGGAGAGCACCACCCUGGCAGCUCAGCACUGCUGCUACGACGACAGCAUGCAGCUCAUCACCCGGGGCAAAGGUGCAGGGACACCCAACCUGAUCAGCACAGAAUUCUCCGCGGAACUGCAUUACAAAGUGGACAUCUUGCCCUGGAUCAUUUGCAAAGGAGACUGGAGCAGAUACAAUGAAGCCCGGCCGCCUAACAAUGGCCAGAAAUGCACAGAGAACCCUUCAGAGGAGGACUACUACAGACAAUUUCAGGAAGCAAGGGAAUACUGAAAGAGAGGGAGAGACAGCCAACCUCUUUCAAAGUAUGCAAAACUCAGGUGGUUGGUUUACGGGACAAAAGGCUAAAUAAACUCUUGGCAAGCAAAGUUAGCCUCACCCUUCCCCACUAACUGUAUAGAAGUGUAUAGAAUACACAUUUUUCAUAGGUGUGUGUUAUUUAUAUAAGCAUAUACAAACAGCCUGCAGGCAAAUAGUGUUGUCCCAACAGCCAUUUAUACAAUGAUAUGCAUUCUGCAUCAGUGUAAUGUUUUGUGUUUAAAAACUGCACUCAUUUAAGUACCUGGUUGUUUAAUUGGUGUUCAUAGUUAAAUCUGGUUCCUACUGGAUUCUGUGAAAAAGCUCAGUUUUCAUUCACUGAAGAAACAUCUCAGGAAUCCAGUCCUCAAAUGCAAACCCUGCUCAUUUAGAGAGACUUUUGCAAAGUGCAGAGAACUACCUGGUGGUUUACCUAACUGGGGGUUUCGGACUGCCUCUGAUGGUAGUAUUUUUGGCCAAGAGAGAAUACGGCCACAAGGUUUGCUGCAACCUGGGACAGGUAGGCUUCAGUUUGCAUUAAAAGACAUGUUUUAUGACUGUCUUCCUUUACUAAAAUGAAUGCCUAAAGUGCCUUUGACACUCUCAAAGAGCCCUCAACACUAAGAAGUGUGUGAGCACCUCCCAAAUAUUUUUGUCAAAUCAAACCGAAGGAGCAAAAAUAGAACAUCACGGGACAGUUUCUAUACAUAACUUAUUUAAUACAAAUGCAGUUAAGUGUAAUUUCUUUAGAGAUAUAUUAAUGAAAAUAUUUAGAUGUAUUUAAAAGAGGAAAUAAAAACAUUUUAAAUGGCAGGAUGGUAACUGAAAAACAGGAAAGAAGCAGGUAAAUAUAACCAUGUGCUCUGAGCUCCCUUUUAAAGUUGCAAUUACCAUGCAGUUCCACCUGGCAUCAGGCCAGCUACAAAUAGUGUUUAUUGGCUUUAAGCAUUCCUUCAUCGUCAUCAGUCAUCAUCAUCAUCCCACCUCCCACAGAUACAGCCUUGGGAGAUGUUUACAUGAUUUUUAAUGCCUUCCAAGGACUAAUUUGCGUAUCACAUUUGAAAAUACAAGGACCUAUGGCACAAACCUGCAUUGAUACAGGAACACUUGCCCAGGAAACAUCAUGGACUAUAUCUCACUUUUGGGAAUCAAGCUGCUAACUUUUGUUUAUUCUGUAUAAUGUAUGGAACAGCAUUAAGGGAUUAGCAACUUGUUAUAGGCUUACCUUUGACACAUAAAGCAAAAUAACUUAAGAGUCAGGAAUUGUGAUAAUAAAUCAUAGAAAUAAAAAACCAGCCAAAUUAAUUAGGGAGGAAUCAAAUGGGUUUUUAUAUUGAAGGUUAAGGGUCUGAUUCAUGGCUGAUAGAUAAAAUUUCCCAUGCCUGAUCAUCCCAAAACAAGCAUUAUUGGCUAUGUGAGCUAAAUUUAGAACUUGUCUUAUUUAGGGUGUGUUCACAUGAAACACAGCCCCUGUGGGGGCGGCCAUUUUAAAUUCCUCUCACCAGGAGCUGUUUUGGCCGAAAUGUUUCCUCAGUCCCCUUGCAGUUCAAGACUGCAGCCCAAGAACAUUGAGAACCUGGGCUUUCAGUGGUUUCAGAUGCAGAGAAGGUACCAUCCACUGUAACUCCUUGGAACUCUCUGAACUCAGGAUGAUGAGCUUCCAAGGAAAGCCCAGAGGCCUCUGAGCCCCCAUGUCCUCCAAACCAUGCAGGCACCAAGUUUGGCCGUCUAAAUGAGGCUGAGGCACCUCCAGGCUUCCUUGCAGGGUGGUGACCCCACAGCUAACAUGCAUCCCCCGCCCCGGUGCCUUCUGGGAAGGCUACUGUUCCUCUUCAGAGUCCAGCCGGCACAAGAACCAGCGCAAAGUACAAGCUCCAAUUAUGAAAUAAUGUGUUGUUCUUAAACAUACUGGGUUGGAUCCAGAGCCAGACUGGAUCACUGGUGCUGGCUAAAGAGGGCUUCCCCAUCCUGUUCUUCUGUGAGCAGCCCUCCAGCCCCCUGAAAAUACUAUACUGGAUACAAAAAUCCAGGCUGAACAGUGUGAACUCUGAUGUGUGUGGCUGGCUGCAGGGAGAUGGGCUCCCACAAACCACCCUUAAACUAAGCCCUUCCUCACAUGAAAGACAGAUUCUGGGACCAAGCCUUUGUUCCUAAUGCCCGUCUGCCAAAUAAACACCCAGUAUUUUGCAAAAGAAAACUGUCCCUUAAAAAAGUUUUAUCAGUGAGGGGGUGGCUGGUUCAAAAUCUUUAAUUUAACUGCAUUAUUCUUGUAUAUUUAUUACUAAGCUUUUCUUAACAUGAAUCUGCCAAGUCAAACAUGCAAGGAGGGAGACUUUGAGAGGAAUGACUGUGUUUCAUUAAACUCAACCCAAAGCAAGUGUAUAAAUAAAGCUGUGCUGAAACAUCUGCUCAUUUGCAUUCUCAUUACAUUGCUGCUCACAUGCAGCACAAGGAAGGUG